AAUACGGAAACUAGAUUUCUUCUCGAAUGCAUAGUUUGUUAGACAUGCGUUCUUGAACAACACCGUCGUAAAGUUACAUAUACGUUAUCGGCUGCAAAAAUGUCAAAUAAAUAUAUAUUUCAAAAGUUUGGAUAUUUGAACACACCAUUUGGUUUGGGCAUUGGUCGCUACGUAUGUCAAUUGCAGAGAGUAACUUUAAAAUUUUGUAAAAACCAAGGUGGGAGCCUCGGAGUUAGGAAAUUUAUAGAGAAUGAUUUAAUUAAUUAUGCGAAAGAAAAUUCUGGUGUAGUAAUCUAUGUCAAACCAAGGAGACACAGGAAUCCUGUUAUAAAAGCAGAAUAUUUAAAUGGUGAUGUACAUUGGAUGUGCGUUACCAAUUACACUCGCGAAGACAUUGUACAAUGGAUGGAAUUAUUAAGGACACAGUAUCACGAUGGUCCAGCUUAUAGACUGAUUAAAUUAUGGCAUACAGAAUUCCCUUCCAUUCAAGGGCCAUGGACACCGUUUACGUUUAAAGAACCGUCUCUAAAUUUAACUAAAUUCCCGAAUAAAAAUAUUGGUAGAGCUGUCCAGUUCAAACCCACAGCGACGGAAGAAUUGAUUAGAUUAUUUAAAGAACAACAAGAAUCUGAAAAACUUCAAGAAGAAUAUGAUGAAGCUCAAAAAAAUAAUGGUUAAAUGAUAAUACUAGUUAUUCAUGUUUUACUGUGUAUAAAUGUUGUAUAAAAAUAAAGUUAAAAAGUGGAUAUAUUGGAAACUUGGACCAAUAUAUCGCAACACGUCAGAAAUAAUA